GAGAGAGAGAGAGAGAGAGAGAGAGAGAGAGAGAGAGUGAGCAACGCGGUCGAGAGCAAAGCAGCCUCAGACUCAGACAGGGGGAAUGCGCUGUGGGUGACAGCAGCAGCAGCACUGGUGGUGUGUGUGAGAGAGAGAAGAGAGAGAGAGAGAGUCACUGCCCGUCCCGAAGAAUGACCCACUCAGCACCACAGGCUCGUCUGCAGCCGUCCGCUUGUGUCUGAACACACACACACACACACACACACACACACACGCUCUCUCUGGUCCGCACGCUUGCGUACAUGCAUGGACACUCUGGCCACGCGCUGUUAAGGGAUGUGAGAGCACCUGUGGGUCCGCGUGUGGGCGUUGAGCUACCAGGAAAGGCUGGCACACCCAGAAGUGCCUUUCCCUUCCUGACGAGGCUGCUGCUGCUGCUGCUUGGACCUGCUUAUCGUAGAGCGGCCUCCCCCCCCCCCCACCCCACCCCCCCGCCUGACCGCACCUCUCCACACCUGACCGCACCUCUCCACACCUCUGGUCCCUCUCGUUUGGCCUCUCCGCUGAAUGCAGGCCGACACUACACAGUGGUACGACCACAGCUGCAGUGCGCCAACCUGGUCGCCACGAGCAACGCCCUCUGACCCCGCAACCUGGUCGCCACGAGCAACGCCCUCUGACCCCGCAACCUGGUCGCCACGGGCGACGCCCUCUGACCCCGCAACCUGGUCGCCACGAGCAACGCCCUCUGACCCCGCAACCUGGUCGCCACGGGCGACGCCCUCUGACACCUGACCAGUGGCGCCACUCCUCAUGCAGCUCCCCGUGUGACAGCGGGAGAGAAGAGAGAGAGAGAGAGAGGGAGAGAGAGAGGGAGGGAGAGAGAGAGAGGGAGAGAGAGAGCUCACCCCUGCACUGCGUGGGUGAGAGGCGAUCGCUGUUGUCUCCACCCUCUCUGGCUGGGAAGAGCCGAUCAAUAAUGACUUUCAACAUCAGUCUGCUCUGACAGGUCAACUGGGAAGAGAGAGAGAGAGAGAGAGAGGGAGAGAGAGAGAGAGAGAGAGAGAGGGGAGAGAGAGUUUUAAAUAGAAAGCAAGAGGGGGAGAGGAGAACAAGAGAGAAAGUGAGAGGACGCUCCAGGAUUGGACGGCUCGUUGGAGGAAGCAGCUCGGCUUAAGGUCCAGGAUGGGCCAGUGAUCUGGGGCAAGGAUCGGCCGAGGAGCCUUACUGCGCAACAACCAGAGAUUGCACAUCCACACACAAGCUUUCAAACAUCUGUAUUUAUAAUCUGUGACUAUCAACAACAAACAUUUCAGUGCCAUUAGAACACUCAGAAACAAACACACACACACACACACACACACACUUACUGAGACAUCACUAUUGCCUGAAUUUCCCCCGGCUCUUAAGGCCUUAACCCGCCACACACACACACACACACACACACACACACACACACACACACACACACACACACACAGACACACACACGCACGCACGCACGCACCCAUGAUGGCGGUGAAUGUGACGCCCAUCCGUGACACCAAGUGGCUGACGCUGGAGGUGUGUCGGGAGUUCCAGCGGGGCACGUGCUCUCGGCCGGACAGUGAGUGCAAGUUCGCCCACCCCGCCAAGAGCUGCCAGGUGGAGAACGGACGGGUCAUCGCCUGCUUCGACUCGCUCAAGGGCCGCUGCUCCAGAGAGAACUGCAAGUACCUGCACCCGCCGCCACACCUGAAGACACAGCUGGAGAUCAACGGCCGCAACAACCUCAUCCAGCAGAAGAACAUGGCCAUGCUGGCCCAGCAGCUGCAGCUGACCAACGCCAUGAUGCCCGGCACUCAGCUCCAGCCUGUGCCAAUGUUCUCGAUGGCCCCUAGCCUGGCCACCAAUGCCACGGCCGCUGCUGCGUUUAACCCAUACCUGGGUCCCGUGUCGCCCGGCCUCAUGCCCACGGACAUCAUGCCCAGCACGCCUGUCCUGGUGACCAGCAGUCCCAACGUCCAGGUGCCCGCUGCUGCCGCCGCCGCCGCCGCUCAGAAGCUGAUGAGGACGGACCGCCUGGAGGUGUGUCGUGAGUACCAGCGUGGGAACUGCACGCGCGGUGAGAACGACUGCCGCUUCGCCCACCCCUCCGACAGCACCAUGAUCGACACCAACGACAACACCGUCACCGUCUGCAUGGACUACAUCAAGGGACGCUGCACCCGAGACAAGUGCAAGUACUUUCACCCGCCACCCCACCUGCAGGCCAAGAUCAAGGCUGCCCAGCACCAGGUCAACCAGGCUGCCGCUGCCGCCGCUAUGGGACUGCCGUCCAUCUUGCCUCCGUUACCAAAGAGACCCGCACUUGAAAAAACCAACGGUGCCACUGCCAUGUUCAACGCUGGCAUGUUCCAGUACCACCAGGCUCUCUCCAACAUGCAGUUCCAGCAGCAGGCCGCCUUCAUACCGUCAGGCUCAAUAUUGUGCAUGACACCUGCAACAAGUGUUGUUCCCAUGAUGCACGGUGCUACGCCAGCCACUGUGUCCGCUGCCACCUCAUCCGCCUCAAGUGUACCCUUCGCCACAGCCAAUCAGGACUCGCCAGUAUCAAAGUCGACAGCCCAUGAGUAUAUGCAUUUGAUUCCAAUAAUAUCUGCUGAGCAUCUGACUAGUCACAAAUACGUGACUCAGAUGUAGAUGUUCCACUUUCGCGAGCAAUCGUGUUGGAGUGAACUGAUGUGUGACCAUCUGGAGAUCCCCACCAUGAAUGCAGGAAUUAAUAAACAACAACAACGAUGACAACUAGAAGAAAAAAAACAGAUGAGGAAGAAGAAUCAGAAAAUGAGGAUGAAGAAGAAAAAGAAAAGACCGUGAAAACACACAAAAGACAAAAGACCGUAAACACACAAAAGACCGUAACAACACACAUUUCUUUUCCUUGAAUGACAUUGUCGUGCAUGCCACCUUGGGUCGACACAGACUCUCCCCAACCCCUCUCCCCCUCUUGGGCUCAUCUCGACACCUGGGGGUCAGCCGCACGUCGCUGAUGGCCUGUGUAUUUCUUAUCGCUCCUGGUGACCUCUGUGUGCCCACCUCUCAUCAUGAAUGCAAACAACCAAGACAUGUCUGUCUUAGCCGGACUUCAGUUCCUUUGGAUUUUUCUUUACUUUUGAGUCCAUCGGUAGACCAAGAAAUAACUCUUAAAAUGAUUUCUUAUUAUGUGUGUGUGUGUGUGUCUGUGUGUGUGUGUGUGUGUCUGUGUGUGUGUGUGUGUUUCUCUUCUUUUGUAGUUUACACAAUAAAAAGUGUAAUAAAACACAGAGACGUUGACAAAACAAA